AUGGGCAUCAGGAAUCUGGCUUUUGCACAUCUCACAGUCCCGGUCGAAGAGAUCACGCAACCGCUUCAGCAUAUAUGGUACAGCAGGCCGACACUGCAAGCAUGGCGUCGCAUAGCAGUCACAGAGUCUUUGCAUGCCACCACAAAUAGCUACCCGGGAUCGGCGUUUGACAAAUCGACGUCUGCAGAAAGCGGACUAGCUGGAGCAGCCAAAGAAUCAUUCGAGCCCAUUCACUACGCCAGGCACGCGUACGAUCUUGUCAAAUACAUGUUACACACUUACAAACCCAAUCAUAUCUUGAUUGAGAGACAGAGAUUUCGUUCCGGCAGCCAAUCUGCGGUUCAAGAAUGGACCCUUAGGGUCGGUGUUUUUGAGGGCAUGCUGUAUUCUGUUCUGCGGACUUUGAUCGAGGAGCACAAGCUGCAGCUAAGCAUAGAGCCAAUGCAGCCUCCACGUGUCAAUCGGUACUGGCUCGAGGGACGCCAGGGGCUGCUGGGCUCGAAAGAGAACAAGCUGGUUGGUCGCGAGGUAAAAAAGGCAAAAAUUGAUCUUGUUGGACAACUGCUCGGAGGUGGUAGCUCUGAUAUUUGUGUCGGAAGCGCUGCUCAGCAGACAGCAUCUGAUUUCGUAUCGCGCGUCAACCAGGCUUCCACGCGCAGGCGAGCUGAUAUACCGAAUAUAUCGAAGCUAGAUGAUUUGGCCGACUCACUCUUGCAGGGAUUGGCAUGGAUCCAAUGGCAAAACAACCGAAGACGCAUCGAAACUCUGGGGCGAGAUGCCAUCGAUAUGGCGUCUGGAGCCUUGUUGUGA